GCGAGUGUUGUACUGUCGCCGAGCGUCCAGCAGCGGUCGCUGUGUCCUCAGAGAAUCUCCGAUGUCCAGAGCAGCCGCCGGACACUGAAUCUGAAGCAACUGGUGCUUAAGACGCGACCGAACAACGACAAACAUCGCGCUGACGCGGUUUCGCGAGGAUUAAUGCCAGUUUAAAAGCGUCUUUCAGAGGUUUCCAGUGAAACUAGAGGAAUAUAUGAAGCCCAUCUUGAAGUUUUCAUGCGGAGGAAGUACGCAUGUUGGAUUGUGUGUGCAUGCUGUAUAACAUCAUCAUUUUCAUCCCAGCUGCAUGCUUUCUGUCGGGCAUGAGUUGACUUUUGUGUGGCCUCCACUAACGGCAUCAUGGACGAAAACUGUGAUGACAAUAACCCUCCGAUUCUCUCCUCCAAGAAAGGCUCGACCAGCCACAAACGCAGCUGCUGCAGGUCCAAGCGUGAUUCCGGCCCUGAUCCGCGCUGGGAUGUGGAGCGUCUGCGCGUCACUUUAGAGGUGGAGCGCAGUCGAAACCAGCAGGCUCACCGGCGCUUCUCUCUGGAGCUGCGGAGGCAGCGGGAGGAGGCGCGUGAGGAGCGGGAGCGUGCUCUGAGGGAGCUGACGUACCGACACGAGCAGCAGAAGACACUGGAGCUGCUACGGCAGCGGGAAGCUCUGAGCCGAGAGCGCUCGGCGGAGGUUCGCCGUUUGUUGCGCUGGCGGAGUCGGGAGGGGAAACGUGCGGAGAACUCGAAUCUCAGACAAACGCAAGAAGUUAAGCGUCAACUUGCGGAUGAGAUUGCUGGAAUCGCCAAAACCGGGGUACAAGGUCUCAAACCUGGAUGUAAAGGUAACGGUGCGGCGUAUCGCAAACUCGAGGAGCUGCUGAAGACGCUGCUAGCGCAGGCAGAUGGGCAGCAGGUCGCUUUACUUCAGCGCCUUCAACAGGAAGUGGAUCUAGAGAAGAGCUACUUCCUGUGUCACCUGCUGGAAGCCCACAGCCGACCGUCACAGGAGGGAAAGGAAGAUCGCAAAGGCAAAGGGUGUGUUGUGAAACCCUCCAGGCCGAGGUCAAAGAGUUGCGUGCACCUUCUGAGUGGCGUCAAGGAAGGAGAUCUCGCUCUCUUCCGCUCCUGCUCGCUAUCCCGAAGUGAAUCUUCUCGUCCUAUGAAGAAGAAAAAGAAGCAGGAGAGUGAAACUCCUCCGCUCAGCUCAUCUCCAACAGAGGAAGAGGCGUCUAAAGGAGACCCUCUGGAGCAGGAUUUACCUGAGCCGGGUUCAUCUGAUGAGGGAUCGGAGAAGUGCUCAACAUCCAGAUGUUCAGAGGACAAUAUGGAUGAUUUGAAUGGCAGGGAUUACGGUUUCCUGGUGCGGCAGAACUCGGAGCUGCUGCGGGCGCUGGAGGAGAUGGAGAAAUCCUGCGCCGCUCUCAGAGAGGAGAACAGGAUACUGAGGAAGAGCAGUUCUCCAGAGACGGAGGAGAAGGUGAAGAGGUUGAGGAAGAAGAACACCGAACUCGCCGUCAUCGCCAAGCGUCUGGAGGAGAGAGCGCGAAAACUGCAGGAAGCCAAUCUGAAAGUGGUAAAUACCCCUAUGCCGGUGAAGCCGGGCGCUGUGGAGCAGUAUAAGCGUGCGUUUGCCCGUCAGAGAGCCAGAGACCUGGCGCAGCACGCAGACACACUUCUGUGUAAAGAUAAGCAGAUCGCAGCACUGCAGCAGGAGUGCAGACAGCUAGAGACGCGGCUGGGACAGGGGAAGGGUCCUGUGGGAGUCAGCGAGUUCGAGCGUCUCCUGAAGGAGUCUCAGAAGGAGGUGCUGCGUCUGCAGAGACAGCUGUCUGUCACCUCCAGCAGUGCCAUAGCAGAAAUCCCUUCAGAGAGACAGGACAGGGUUGCAUUUGAAACCCCGCCCACAGUAGUAGAUGAGGCCCCAGUUAAGGGGGAGGAGACUCCUGCAGAGGGGGAGGAGUCCGAAACAAAUGUAAAGCCCGAACAGGGCACAAGCUCCACCCACCAGGAAGAGCAGACCACAGAAGAGCGUCUUCAGUUGCUGGAAAGUGAGUUGGGCAAGAAGAGGAAAGAAUGUGAAGUUCUUGAGCAUGAGGUCCGGAAGAGACAGAAACGAUGUCUCGAUUUGGAGAACCAGCUAGUGGACGAGCGCAGCAGAAAUGAGCACUUAGUGGAGGAGGCAGAACUCCUCAGGAGAAAGGCUCAGCUGCUUGACCAGUCUCAGGCUGAAAAUGAGGAGCUAAAGGAACAGCUCUGUGUUUUGAGCGCACAGCAUAGUUCAGUUUUGGAGGAGAACCAGCGACUCCGUGCAAAGCUGGAGAACCUAGAGCAGGUCCUAAAGCACAUGCGAGAGGUCGCCGAUCGCAGGCAGCAGCUGGAAUUGGAGCAUGAACAGGCACUGGCAAUCCUCAAGUUCAAACAGGAUGAAAUCAAGCGGCUUCAGCGGGCUCAGUUAUUUGCUAAAAGAGAACAUGAAGGUGUCGUGCAAAUGCUGGAGAAUACACUGGACUGCAUGCAGGCAAAAGUUCGGGAGCUGGAGGAGAAAUGCCGCAGUCAGAGCGAACAGUUUGGGAUGCUGUCACAGGAGCUGGAUAAGUUUCGGGUUCAGGCCUCAAAGAUCGACCUGUCGGGCCCCGGCCUGCUGUCGGGCCCCAGUCUGACCCAGCUGACCAAUGGGGUCGGCCUGCCCGGUGAGACUGGCACAAAUGCCUCAUGGGAAGACAUCGCAUUCUGGAGUUUGGAGGGUAAUGAAGCCCUCUUUGAUGCCUCUGAGCCUGAUGUUGCUGCGGUCUUGCGGACGGGCUCCACUCCACAUGCGGCUGAACUGUCACUGUCGCGUCCCGAGCGCUCACCGACCACCAAACACCGAGAGCUGCCCGCCAUCAGCGUGAAGUCCGGCUCCACGUCCAGCCCCACGCCACCCCGAUCCGAGACCACGCACCUCUCCCCUAAAUCCGCUGGCUCUCGCCCGGCCAGUCCCCGAAAGGCCAGCCCUACACAUGAGGUGGACACUGCUAGUGAAGUUGAGGAGCUGGAUAUUGACGUUUCUCCAGCACCGUAUUCGGUCAGUAAAGGAGCGGCUAAACUCCAGGUCUUUAUCGCACGUUACAGCUACAAUCCCUAUGAUGGUCCUAAUGAUAACCCAGAGGUUGAGUUGCCCCUCACAGCGGGAGAGUAUAUUUACGUCUAUGGAGACAUGGAUGAUGACGGCUUCUAUGAGGGCGAGCUUAUGGAUGGUAGAAGAGGCCUUGUUCCCUCCAACUUUGUGGAACGUGUGUCGGACGACGACUUCAUGAGCUCACACCCUCACCAGGCUGGCGAAAUGUCCCAUAAUUCCUUCCAGGAGAGCAGCUUUCACAGCGGCAGUGAGCGGCUGCACCAACACCACUUACGUUUUGCCCACAGCACCUCUGAGAGGACGGAGACCUCCACAACAGCCUCAGCUCCCGGUGACAAUGCCAAAGCCAACCCCGCUAACCCUGCCCUGGCCGUCCCGCUCACCAACGGCUUGGACUUGGAUCUAGAGGAGGUGGGGGUGGACACUGUGCCUUACCCCCGCAAGCUAACGCUAAUCAAGCAGCUAGCCAAGAGUAUCAUCAUUGGCUGGGAGUCUCCGCUAGUCCCGGCCGGCUGGGGUUCAGUGUUUAGCUAUAACGUCUACGUGGACCACGAGUUGCGGCUCAACGUGCCAUUUGGUACCCAAACGAAGGCCGUUUUGGAGAAGUUGGAUUUAGCGCAGAAGGCGUAUCGGAUUGCAGUGCAGAGCCUGACGGAGCGCGGUAACUCGGAUCAGCUGCGAUGCACUAUGCUCGUUGGGCGGGACGUGUGCGUGGCGCCGACUCACCUGCACGCUGAACGUGUAACGGCUACCUCGGCCAGCCUGACCUGGCUACCUAGCAACAGUAACUAUGUGCACAUUGUGUCUUUGAACGACGAAGAGUGCGAGCUGGUAAAGGCGGGAUGCUAUUCACUGUGCCUCAGUAACCUCACACCCAACCUGCAUUACAGCGUUAAAGUGGAGGCCAGGCCGCACCGCACAGCCUGGGAACUACCGCCGGAGUGCCGAGAACGCAAAACCGCAGUGACCUCUUUCACAACCCUGACUGCAGGUCCUCCUGAUGCUCCUCUGGAUGUGCAGUUGGAGCAGGGCCCGUCUCCAGGAAUAGCUCAGAUCAGCUGGCUGCCCGUUACUAUAGAUGCUGCCGGGACGUCCAAUGGUGUGCGAGUCACUGGCUACACCAUCUAUGCUGACAAAAAGAAGGUAUUAGAGGUGUCGUCGCCCACGGCAGGCAGCGCUCUGAUCGGUCCAUCUCAGAUCCAGACGUUACAGGCGGCCCAUGAGCUCACCGUGCGAACCAUGUCUGCUUUUGGCGAGUCGGUGGACUCAUUGCCGGUGAAUGUGCCCGCAAAAUUGCCUGCCAUCAUGUCCGGUGCCUCAUUGCCUCAAUGCCAGUCUGUGCCAGCCGCCGCCAGUGUCCUCACGGCCAGUGCCAAUCUAGACCCUGCUGUCUGUGCCACAUCUCUCUCUGCUGCCAAAAUGCCCAUUCUGCCACACGCUUCUACACUAGACGAACACAUGUCUGGUCCUGUUCGGGGAGUCUAUGUCAAUACGCCCAAAGCAGUCACUCGUGAGGGGCCUCCUUCUCCUGCAUCCUAUGUAGAAGCCUGGGCAAACCCAACAUCAGCUGCACCACUGACAAUUGCCAUGGCAGCACAGGAAGCACUGCCGUUAUGUGCCUCGCGUACUAACUCAACGGUGAGUGUAUCUGCACCCAUGGUUACACCUGCACCUGUGGUCACACCUGUGCCUAUUGCCACACCAAUGUCCAUGGCUGUACCUGCUCCCUUGAACACAGUACCCAUACCGACUCCAGUAUCCAUGACAGUGCCAGAUCCUGUGGUUGUGCUGGCACCUGCCACCAUGCCGGUGCCCAUGUCUGCACCUGUUAGAGUACCUGCAUCAGUGCCAGUGCAGUCCAGUGUGGCCCCUGCUGCGGCGAACCCCAGCAGAGAGACAGACAGCCCAGGAGCCCUCCGUCCCGUUGCCUCCCUCUCCGACUUCCUGGAGGACCCCCGUGCCAAACUUCAUACACCGCCACCAAGCUCCACCUGCCCCAAAGUUAACAUCCCAGGAAAGGACCCUCUUGAUGUCCCGGAUACGCACCCACUGAGGCCUCCCAAUCCAUCGCCUUUUGAGUCAGAGGCCGAGGAGGACAGGGAAAACACCAGGCUUGUGUCCAUUGAGGAGUUCCUGCGGCCUGUACCUCAACCUCGAAUAAAGGUAUAUGCUGGUGGUCUUAUGGACCCUCCCCCAGACUACCAUGGGGAGAGCAGUCGGUCUGAUCUGUCUGACAUACUAGAGGAAGAGGAAGAAGAUCUGUACUCUGAGCCCAUCACUGACAUCCCCUCCAGAGGUUACGGUACAGCUCCUACGGGAAGGCAGUGUGAAUUGUGGGAAACUGACAGUGAUGAAGAAAUUUUGGAGAGGAUUAUAAAGCUCCCCCAUCAGGCCUACCACAACAAACAGCUCUUCAGCAUCCCAGAAGUCACAGAAGAAGAAGACAACACAGAAUCAGAACCCCACACUCGACAUUCCCCUGGCCGGACUUCUUCAGGCAAGGGCAACCAGAGUGGACAUGAUAGUCGCCGACAUUCUCCCCACCGCCACAAUCAUGGACAUAAAACUGAAUCCGAAUCGCCCGCAGUGAGGUACAAAGGGACAGCGCCAGUCAGGACUAGACCCAGAGUGCACUAUGCUGACACAGUGGACACCAUCAACUAUCUGGAUGAGGAGGAGGUGGACUUGGACUCUGACAGUAGCCUGUACACUGGGCCUAGUUCUGGAAGUGUGGGUGUGCGCCACAAACCGCACAAAGGACAUGGCGACCGACUCAGGAGAGAGGCCUUGCUCCGUAGCCAGUUGUCUUCAGAUCUCUCUGGCAUUGUGGCAUCUUCAGGAACAGGGCAGGGAUCGUAUUUAGUUAGCAAGACCGUACACCGCGUGAAGUCACCUACCGGACCCUCAACAGAAAUUGACGUGGAGUAUGGAACCGAUAAUGAUGAGGAGCCUCAUCUGUUUGACCCUGGAGAAGUGGUGUUAGAGCAGAUGAGCUCUGAGUGGUGGGUGGAGGGUGGUAACAAUGAGUACCACAACCUGCCCCUAACAUGCAGACCCCAGCCAGAGCUGCCCACAAGCAACCGCUCAUGGGAGGCAGGUGGAAGAGAAGCAUCGUUGCCAGAUCCAGGUGCAAUGUGGUGCGACGUCACUCAAAAGUCAGCACGCUCUGAAAUUAGACUGCAUAGAGAGCCAAGACCAUCUGGAGAAAAUGAGGUCAGAGUCUUCGUUGCCCUCUUCCCGUAUGAACCUGCAGUCAUGUCACCCAAUCCUGAUGCUGCUGAAGAGGAACUUCCCUUUAAAGAGGGCCAGAUUAUCAAGGUUUAUGGGGAUAAAGAUGCAGAUGGUUUCUACCGAGGUGAGGCGGGUGGUCGUCAUGGCUUUGUCCCGUGUAAUAUGGUUUCAGAGAUCCAGGUUGAUGAUGAGGAGACCAGAGAACAGCUCCUGAUGCAGGGCUUCCUCUCCACAGAGGCGUCUAUGGAAAAGAUAGACGCCCGCUUACAUGCACCGCUUCCACGCCGCACCGCUGCACCGCCGAAACCUAGACGCUCCAAGAAAGUGGAGUCUGCUGCGGUGUGGGAGGACACGUCUGCUAUAGACUCCUCCAGCCAAGACCUGAGCCGCUCCGCCGCCCCGAUGGGAAGCUCGAGACCCCGCAGGAUGGUGGCCAUCUUUGAUUAUGACCCGAGAGAAAGCUCCCCUAAUGCAGACAUAGAGGCUGAGCUGACCUUCAGUGCGGGCGAUAUCAUCUAUGUGUUCGGUGACAUGGACGAUGAUGGCUUCUACUAUGGGGACCUCAAUGGACACAAAGGCCUCGCGCCUUCCAACUUCCUGCAAGCUUUUCCGGAGACGGAAGAGGACUCCGGACGCACGGAGCACACAGUGACAGAGAGCCGCAGGGAUUCACAGGUGAGCCAGACAGAAUCUUCCGAGCAUCUCGAUCCCGUGAGCUCCUCUCAGCCAGAACCGGAUCCACCAGCUCAGCCGGAACCGAACCCUGAGCCGGACCCCGAGCAGAAACCGACCCAGAGCUCCUCUCCACCGGCGACCCCUCCGUUCCCCGACGCCUCUCUGCCCGAGAAAAAGAAGAAAGGUUUCUUCUCCAAGGGCAGGAAGCUCUUCAGAAAGCUGGGCUCCAGCAAGAAGGAGUAGCGCAGCGAGCUGAGCGUUGUAAAGUCACGGCAUGUGAGCAUAACACCACACACACACUCUCUCUUGACUUUAUAUUACAAUGUAACAUGCUAGUGAAGUUUGUUUGAAAUGCUAGCAUUUGUUUUUAUGUAACUGUCUUGUGGUCUUACAGGGCUCGUGUGAAAUCAUUUCUCAGGUCGAACUGCUCAUCAGUUUUGCGUCUUAAGUCAGCUCGUGCUCAUCUUAGGCGAGACUGUCCAAACCACACAGUUGAUCUUCUUGCCAAAAACCACAGCAACUAACAACCAAUCACAGAACGCCAGCCGUUUAGAGGGGCGGAGCUAGAGGCGAAACGACCUCACAGACAGGAAGUAGGUGAAGGUUUCAAACAUUCUCAAUGCUCGCACCAAAUACACUGCAAAAUAUUUGUCUCGUUUUCCUGUACAAAUAUCGAAACGUACUUUAAUCGAGAUAUAGUUACUGGAGAAGAAAAAUGACUGAAGAUGUUAAAUCUUGUUUUCUAAAAAUGUAUUAAAAUGAAGCAAAAUAAUCUUGUUUUCCCUUAUUUUUCGUACCGCAUUGACAGAGAUUUUACAUUUAUUGGAAAACUAGUCUUAGUAUUUGAAGCCGUUUAGCUUAAGAAAGUGUAUCUUAAAUAUUUGUACUGGAAAACAAGACAAAAACACUUUUGCAGUGUAGGCAGAAAGCAUUGUUUUUAGCAUUACUUCAUGCUACUUUGAUUGUACUGAAUUAUUAUAAUGCAUUAAACAAGCAUCUUAUGGGUAGUGAUGCACUGUACAGCCCCUUGAUAUAAACUUUAGUCAGGUGACUUUCCCCUCGCUGCACUAUACUCCAGACGCAUGCUGUGAUUCCUGCCACGGCGACGCUGAGGAACGCACAGAUCUUAACGUAAUCGUUGCUACUGCAAGUAGGCGUAUCCUAGGCCAUAAUAAAACUAGCCUUAUAAGACCUCGUUUAGUCUUAACUUCAAGUUUACUACAGCUGUGUUUGUAAUGACUGCAUGCAUGAUGGUUUUCCAUCUAUACUCGGCCUUAUUUAUUCUAUUUAUGUGUCGUAGUAGUUGCACGUACCUUGCGUUCGUUCGUUUUGCAGUACGCGGAGGAGGCCACGUUUGCAAAAACAUCCAGACGUUCUUAAAUCAAGAUGCAAUUACUUAAGAAGCAAAAUGACUGAAGAUAUUAAGUCUUGUCAAAAUUGAUUAGCCAAUAAGAGCAGAAAAAUAAAGAGAAAACAAGAUUUUGAUACAUUUUUCAAGUCAUUUUGCUUCUCAAGUAAAUGCAUCUUGAUUUAAAAAUGUUUAUUUGCGCUGAAAAGCAAGAUUUUUUGUUGCAGUGCAGUGUUGAGGUCGGUGUGUUUUUGUGAUUUGAGGUAUGAUAUUUUCAUACACUGAGAAAGAGACUCUAUUCUAGUUCUUUAGCAGGAGGAGGGGGUUUUUUGUACAUUUUUCUAAUGCGUUUUUUUUUUUUUUUUUUUGGAAACUCAACUGUAAAUAUUGCUUCUUUUGGUAAAGUAUUUUUUGAGUUUCUUUUGUGCAUGCCGAAACAAUGUUUUUGGACAGUCACAUGGGCAUCUUGCUUUAUGGGACGUCGUAGUGAUUUACUUGAAUGACUUGUUGCAAUAUGGACUUUUUACAGAAAUAAAGUAUAUUUUCACAUAAAAA